AUGCUAGCAUGGGAGAGAGUAAUAACUCAGCCUACAGUGCUUUUUCGACGAGUGGUGAUCGGGAUUAACUGCAACGUUGAUAUGGUUGUUACCGGGACGAGUCUAUUAGAACGCCUAAAUGGUACUUCCACUAAUCGAAAGGACCAUGAAGUGAUCAAAAAUGUUAAUGAUUUGUAUGAAUCUUUCGCUUACUUCUUUUCACGAGGAGCUGCUGCCGAAAGACACAUAUCAGAUCCGAAAAUGUUUCAAAUACUUGCACAAUUCGCGGGUGAACCUCGUCAUCGACCUCAUCAUUACAUCGGUGGGAAUGCGGCUCUGAUGGCCCAAAAGAUAGCUACUUCUUUUCCGAGAACUACUACAUACCUGGUUGGUCCUAUUGGACCUCGAAGCCAUGUCUUACUUCAUCCAUCAAUAGUUCGUACGAAUUCAACUCGCAUUGUAAAGGAUGAGUUACAUGUCAUUAUAGAAUACAAACAAGGUGAAAUUCUUGAUGAAUAUGUAGCACCAGCUUCAUCACGUUUCAUUACUUCGCACGAUCAAUAUAGUGGCAGUGCUGUUGUGAUUGAAAUGUUUUUCAAAGCAAUAAGUCAGUUUAAUCCUGAUCUGGUAAUUUUAGCUGGUGUUCAUCUCCUGCAAAAUCAGAAUAAGGAAAUGCGGAUGGAGAAACUUCGCUUGAUUAAGCGAAGUUUGUUGCAAGUAAAACACAAUAUCCCUAUUCAUUUCCAACUUGGAAACAUGGGCAAUCCUGACCACGUUGCUGAAGUGCUUCAUAGAAUUGUGCCUCACGUUGAUUCGUUAGGUUUAAACGAACAAGAACUUGCAUUUUUCUCUCAUGUUGCUAAUGGGCCAUACACAGAUCUUUAUCCUGUUUUCCCUGGUGCAAUACACGUGUACAAAGUAGUCGAAAUGUUGUAUUGGCUGUUGACGAAGUUUGGACACGAUAGUACUGAUCCAGAAUCAAAGAAUUACCAAUAUAGGCUAUCCAGAAUACACUUUCAUUCCUUAACCUUUCAUCUAAUGGUUUAUAAAGGGACGGACUGGUCGAAUUUGGCUUCUGGUCUGGCGGCAGGUGCCAAGGUUGCAGCCCGUCAGUCCUGUAAAAUUACAAAUGACUUGAAUACAGAUAAUUUGGAAGUAAGAAUAUCAAAGGCUCAUUUGCUUGACAAGGAAAUUGGAAAGCGAUAUGUUUUCGAACCACAGAGACCUAUAGCUUCAUGGAUGCGUAAUGACGUUAUAUUUAUUUAUACACCUGCGCUCAUAUGCAAAUUCCCAACCAGAACAGUCGGUGUUGAUGAUGCCGUCUCAGCUACCGGACUUAUAUUCUCGCAAUUUUAUCGAUUUUCUACCUGGUAA